ACCAUCGCUUUUAUUCGCUAGAAACCCUAACGCGGUAUUUCUUCUGUUUGGUAGCGAACCGCAACACUCAGAAGCAGCAGGAGCCAUGGUGAAGUAUUCCAGAGAGCCAGACAACAACACCAAAUCCUGCAAAGCCAGGGGCUCUGACCUUCGUGUUCAUUUUAAGAAUACACGGGAAACUGCCUUUGCAAUCCGAAAGUUGCCUUUGACAAAGGCAAAAAGGUACUUGGAGGAUGUUAUGGCCCAUAAGCAAGCAAUUCCAUUCCGACGCUUUUGUGGUGGAGUAGGGCGAACUGCACAAGCUAAGAAUCGCCAUUCUAAUGGACAAGGUCGCUGGCCUGUGAAAUCUGCAAAAUUCAUUCUUGAUCUGCUCAAGAACGCCGAGAGCAAUGCAGAGGUAAAAGGCUUGGAUGUAGAUUCACUUUUCGUAUCUCACAUCCAAGUGAAUCAAGCACAGAAGCAAAGGCGCCGAACAUAUCGUGCACAUGGAAGAAUUAACCCUUACAUGUCUUCACCAUGUCACAUUGAACUGAUUCUGUCAGAGAAAGAGGAACCUGUCAAAAAAGAGCCUGAGACUCAGUUGGCUCCUAGGAAAUCAAAGGGUCAAUCUCUACGUAGUGGUACUUCUUCUUAAACUGCUGAGUGAUGGAUUACAUUCUGAAACUAUUAUCCUUUUCUUUCAUCGUCUCUGUAAUGAGAACAUUUUUGUUUCCUUCACUGAGGUGCUUAAGACUCAAGUUUGUCUCUGAAGAUGCUUGAUUUCUAUUUAAAUUUAUGUCAGAAUCAAGUUUGUAGCUUCCAUCCAUUGAUUGGGCCUACAAAUUUUAUAUAUGAAUUUUUAUUUAAACAUGAUAAUUUGUGUAUUCAAAUCUGUUUAUUCGUGUUUAAUAUGAAUAAACGUAGGGAGGUUAUAUAUAUAUA